AUGUCACAGUUUUCUCGCUUUACGUCGGCAACAGCGCUUUUGGUCGCUUUGGCCCUAUCCGUCGCAUUCCAAGACACAAAUUCUAUUGCCCCUCAAGUCUCUGUAUCAGAGCAUGCACCCAUUUUACAGAUCUCAUCACGAGAAGGUUACGUUUCGGAAACGGCCGUUAUAGGCACUACGGUACGGGUAUCACCAAAUCCACAAGCAGAUUCGCUGCAAAUUUUGGUCAACGAUGAUGAUUUGCAACCUGGCAUGCCGCCAGCAACUUACCAGUACAUCCUUACCGGCCCGGGUGCAACGAUUUUCGCUGUAGAUCAGCGUGGUUAUCUCUACCUCAAUGUGCCUACGAUCGAUGCCGACCCCCCAAACCCGUCUUCCUACCGGCUAAACGUCCAAGCUCGAGAGGUUGACACGACGCCAAUAAGAAGCAGCGAGCCAGUCACUAUUAUUAUUCAUGUUUUGGAUGCUAACGACAACCCACCGCAGUUUGAGCUACCGAUUUAUACCGUGAAUGUAACCUCUUUCGGGGAUGAGCGACCUGUGGUCAAGGUUGUGGCAAAUGAUCCCGAUUCUGGAAGCUAUGGCGAGAUCCAAUAUCGAAUCAUACAGAUAACAAACGGCGGUGAGGGCAAGUUCCGUUACGAUGAGGCAACAAAUAUGCUGAACGCAGUUGGAGAUCUCACACCUGGGGAACGAUACCAGAUAGUAAUAGAGGCUGAGGACGGCGGUGGAAGGAAAUCACAAGCAAUUGUAGUCGUUUUGGCCACUCACACAAUGUUCAGUCUUGCCAGCAUUGCUCCACUUCCUGGAAUGGAAACUUUUAUACCACAUCCUGCUGCUUAUAUGACAACAACAAUUCCAUCAUCAGCGAGUGCUGAACAAGAUGAAACAAUCCAAACAUUCGUCACCGAAGUUGCUGAAAACACGCCAAUCAAUACCGUAGUCGUCUCACUCGGGGGUGAUCUCUCAAAUACCGAUGUCUACUACGUCAUAGCUGGAGGCAAUACUGAAGAGAAAUUUACAAUCAACCCGCAAACAGGAACGAUAACCACAAUUGCUGAAUUUGAUCGUGAACGUACUGCAAUGUAUUCGUUGCAAAUCGACACCCGUAGUCGUAGUCCCGAUCAACAUCUUUAUUGGACCCUCGUGCAAAUCAGCGUUUUGGAUGUCAACGAUAAUUCGCCACAUUUUGUUGGCCCUCAGCCAAUUCGCCUUAGACUAAGUGUUGAUGAUCUCGAUCAGCUGGCUGCAAAUAUGGUUAUUGGAAAAGUAACGGUAGAGGAUCCAGAUGCAGAUGAUAAUGGUCGCGUCGAACUUAGGGUAGCGCCAGAAAUGAACAAACUUUUCACCAUCUCUCAUGAUGGUGUUGUUUCCAUUAAUGGCGAUUUUACCGCUGCCCAUUUUGGCGAGCAUAGGAUGUUCAUUAUCGCUAGAGAUCAUGGUGAUCCACCAAGAGAAGCUAAAGCUGAGGUUAUUGUGAGCAUCUACGGAACAUUGAUCACAAUGGCCACGGAACCGCCUACGAGUGAAGCCUUCGAGUACACAAACUCAGCCGAAGAAGAAAAAACGCAGCCGGACUACUAUUAUCAGAGCUUUACAACUUUGGGAGCAGGACAAAAUAAUCGGAUUUUCUCCUCGUUUGCCACGCCAUCGCCAGCUCCACCACCGCCAACUGUCUCUAUCGCAUCCACAUCCGCUCCUACUAUUGACUAUCCUGCAUUCAACAGAGGAUCGUCUCCAUCUCCAACAACUACCCAGGAAACAACGCAAGCGCAGCGCUUAGCACCAGUCUUCAAUCCUCCACAGAUUACAGUAACCGUAGAUGAGAAUGAAUCCGAUUUUGAGAUUGCCAAGGUUCAUGCUAGCUACCCAGACGGUGGCUCAGGAACAAUCUCUUACGUACUUCACAAAGGGGAUGCGACAAUGUUUUCGGUGUCAUCAUAUUCUGGUUCUGUCACUUUGCUUCGUCCACUUGAUGCUGAAACUGAUACUUCGUACACGCUCCAGGUUUCUACGGCCGAGGCGGCUGGUUUGGCCAUUGAUCCAUCGAUGGCACAUUUUGUUUCAAUCACCGUUCAUGUGGGAGAUGUGAACGAUUGGAUUCCGAACUUUGAACUCACCAGCUAUAAUUUUAUUGUUCAAGAAGAUACAAUGCCUGGUACUAUAAUCGGUCAAGUUGCUGCUUUCGAUCAAGAUAAACAGGACCCCAAUAAUCGGAUACGGUACCGGUUGGUUAGUGCAGGAGGAUUGGAACAGCAUUUUUCUGUAAAUCCGGAGACUGGACUCAUAACAUUGGCACUGCAAGUGGACGAGUUUGCUGGAGAGAAGAUUACGCUUCGCAUCGAAGCAUCCGAUUCGGGUGUUCCUGCCCAAUCUUCCAUGACCAGUGUGCUCAUCGACGUGGUGCCUACUACUUCACAGGUCAUCCCGAAUGCAGUACCAUUCUCCAAUAAACCUUCGGAAGGAUCCUUGCAGUUUAGCUUGAGAAAUUACACAGCGUCAGUUUCCGAGUCCGUGCGACCACCGAACCUUGUCCAAGUUCUGUCAGUGAACAAUAAACCUACAGACACACGAUUCAUCACAUGCAAUAUUGUCAGUGGAAAUUAUCGCGGAGCAUUCAGCGUUUCAGCUGGGAAUGAUGGAAAUUGUGAACUAAGGACGCAAAUGGAGUUGGACAGAGAAAGCGUUGAACGGUAUCUACUUAAUAUUACCGUAACCGCUGGUAGUGAAACGGACUUCGCUUUGGUUUCUGUUACUGUACUUGAUGUCAAUGACAAUGCGCCUCGAUUCAUCUAUGACAAUGAUCUUGGCCUUUCUACCUACUUUGCUGGGGUUUCCUCAACGGCUGGAGCAUUCACCCGAGUCCUUACCGUCAAGGCUGAAGACGCUGAUCUUGGUAACAGUAGCUUAGUGAACUACGCAUUGGAUCCACUAUCAUUGCACUCAAAAUACUUUACCGUAAGCCCAACAGGCGAAAUCAGCACAAAGCAGAGCAUGUCACAACUCCUACAGAAAACUCGUAUCAGUUACUUUGAGUUGAGGGUAUCCGCUUGUGAUUCACCGAUUGCUGGACAGCAGUUAUGCUCGAAAGCUGAUGUUGUUAUCAAUGUCAUCACAGAAUCCCAUCGAUUCCGCAUGAUAACAAGUGGUUUGAAUCCACAACAAUUGAGAGCUCAUGAAAAGGAUAUGAUCAAGACUGUGCGUCAGUUUACGGGUGCUUGCACGUUGUUAAGCAUAGAAAGUAUGGUAGAGCAACCUUCAACAGACAAUCAGGCUCGCACAGAUAUCUAUUGGUAUGCUGUGAAUCCUAGCACGAAGAAGAUUUGCAAAAAGCAAGAGUACAGAAAACUUUUCGAGACAUCAUCUAUGGCAAUGGUGGCCGGCAAAGUUCAACCAUGGUUCCGAUUAGAAAAAAUUGCUGAAGACGUUGUGGACGAUAAUGAUACAGCUGGUGGUAUGCUACCUGGCAAUUGGAAAACUGCCAGUAUAAUGUUGAUCGGUUUGGCAAUUCUAAUCGCUAUCGGCGCUGUGAUAGGAAUUUGUGCAGUAUGCGUGUUCUGGAGUCGAUACAGGAUGUCACAAAGCAGUGUGCACUCAUUCAAUCCGCAUGGAUAUCCACAAAAACUUGGGGCUGUCUUCUUGCCUAAUGCCCCCAACGAUCUUCGACACGACAAAAUUUACGAGACCCAGAUGUUGGAAAUGCCCAUAUCAGACGAAGAUCUAACGAUGAAAAGCGGUUCCGAAAUGAGCAGAGGCAUGGGCUAUAACAAUUACAGUAGACGGCAAGGAAGUGUUGCCUACGAAGGAGACUUCAGCAUUGAAGAGAACAUGUACGCGCUCAAUGUUCCCGGUCGAGUCGAUCCAGUAACAAAGAGGAUACAAAGCCUCGUGAUCCCUGCACCAGACUACCCGUCAACUCACCGUUCUCAUCAUAAUAAAAGUCUCUUGUAGCUAUAUCAAAGCUGGUCAAAUCUCAUUAUUUUCCAUAUAUGGCCAUAUUGCUGUUUACAUAUGUUUUAUGCGUAAACAUGGUUUACACAGAAUCUCGCAGGUGCUUUUUAUCUAACUUUUCCUUUGCCCCCACCACUUUGUUGCUCGUAAACUGAAAGCGUUUCCUGCAACUUCGUGCAAUUCAUUCAUUCUAAGGCUCAAGUACGUCUUUCACUUCAGUCAUAUUUAUCUCAACUCCAUUCAACAUGUUCUUUCCGAAUAGUAC